AUGGCUCUAGUCGACUACCCUUCCUCCGACGAGGAUGAGAGCGUAGCUGUGGAGGACCUUCCUUGUUCCAGCUUGAAGCGCAAACGCGACGAGACGUCGUCAGAUCUGCCUCCACUGCCCUCCAAGUUCCAUGACUUGUAUGCAUCGACAACAAGAGUCAGUACACGAGAUGAUCCAAGUUUGCAUGGCGGGAGGAAGAGAGUGACCCCACAUGUUGAGGGCAACUGGCCGACCCAUCUCUAUAUCGAGUGGUAUCCUUCGGCUGCAGAAUAUGUCCCGUUGACUAGCUUGAUCUCAACUCUGAAAGACAAAUGUUCACUCAUAGGUGCAGAAGGAGGGAUCCGCUCCUUUCUGAUCAGCGAUCUUGGUGCACCCCUGCCACUUCACAUUAGUCUCUCCCGACCAAUUGCAUUUGCUACCGAGCAGAAGGGUGCAUUUGUUGAUUCUCUUCAAAGGGCAAUCAAGUCGUCCGGUGUUCGACCAUUCAACAUCACCUUAGCUGGCCUUGACUGGGUCGCGAACUUUGAGAAGACACGCUGGUUUCUAGUGCUGCGACUGAGAAGACCUGAUUUUGACGGACUAAACAAACUUCUCCAUCUCAGCAACAAAGUCGUCCAGGAAUACGGCCAGCCUGCGCUUUACACGAAAAUUCCUCUGAAUACCAAGAAUUCCACAGGGAAAUCUCCGUCCAAGAAAUUCCCGAGUACCCUCUGGGCUGGUAUGGAAGAUCUUUCUGAUGCUUUUCAUAUCAGCAUAGCCUGGACCUUGACAUCACCCGACCCUGAUCUUUUGAAGCUCACAAAAGCAAUAGCCACAGAUCACAUGAAAGGGCUCGAUCAAAUCCAGAUCGAAAUUGGAGAACUCAAGUCGAAGGUGGGAAAUGCUGUCACGAAUAUCCCGCUACCAAAGGCAGUCUCUGUCGGGAAAGGGCUGUUCGGAAGUUGA